AUGAUGAAGCAGAUUCAUUUGAAACUGCUAGUAUGUCUUCUAUUGGCGAUUAGUGCUGCUGCACAAUAUAAUAAUAACCCUAUCCAAUGGGGUUCAAAUGUCCAGGGACAACCUUAUAGUAAUAAUUGGCCUGGCGCUGCAGCUAAUUGGCCUAGUGCUUCAGCUAAUUGGCUUGGUGCUUCAGCUAAUUGGCCUGGUGCUUCAGCUAAUUGGCCUGGUGCUUCAGCUAAUUGGCCUUAUGGACGAUACGGACAACCAGCUAAUGUACUACAAUAUGGGGUUGAUUAUGGACAAUUUAAUAGUGGUUCACAAAUGGUUCAACCGACGUAUAACCAACAGACAAGAGUUGAAACAAAUGGUGCUGAUAGCGCCGGUGCUGCAGAAGAAAUUGAUUCGUUGAUAUCUGUACCUGCUCCAAAUCGUGGUGGUAAAGAUAAUUCAUGCUAUAGUAUAAUGGAUCCACUUUAUCCAUUAUUUUCUUUACAUUGUUCGGCAUUACCUCAAACAACAUUCUCGUUACCAAACUUUUUUGGUCAUACAACAAAACAAGAAACAAAUGAGUUGUUCACGCUAUUUAGACCACUCUUGAAUUCUGGAUGUUUUCGACAGAUGCCAAAAUUUUUAUGUCCAUUAUUUUUUCCAUCAUGUAGUAAAGAACGUAUACUGCCAUGCGCUAAAUUCUGUAGAGAUAUACAAAGUCGAUGUCGUGAUUCUUAUAUUUCAACUAUUGAUUGUGAUCUACUUCCAGAAAAAUCAGAAUUUUGUCCAAGAAUUGCUGAAACAAGUCGUUCUACCAAUGAUACGCAAGAUAGAUAUCGAAGUGCAUCAGAAAAUGAAAAAAUACCACAACCAUUUGUUUCAAUUGAUUAUUCUGAUAAUUCUUCAGCGCAAUCAUCAGUAAUCCAAAGUAGUUCUACUAACAAUGCUGCACAAAAGCACGUUAAUAGUGAUGCGUCUUAUGGAGGCAUGAGUUCAAGUGCAAGUUCGGAUUUUUCUGCUACAAACAUUAAACCUACUCCAGUACCAAAAAUAAUCUCAACUGUAUCCGAAUUGUCAAAUUUAAAUCAAGAUGGCACAUAUAAUCAACAAUGGACAAUCGGAGGCUUGUCAUCGUCUGGUAAUAAUAAUAACUAUGUUGCUGGAUCAUUCGGUAGUAAUAUCAUAGCAUCUGCCGAUUCAUCACCAGCUGGUAAGAUUGGCAACUCUGCUGUUGAAUCAUCUGAAGCUAAAACUAUCGAAUUUGCUGGCACAUCAUCUUAUGGCAAUAAUAAUAAUGCUGCUGGUGUCUCAUCAUUGCCCGGUAAUGUUGUUGGUAUCUCUUCAUCGUUUGGUAGCAACAAUAAUGCUGCUGCUACAUCAUAUGGUAAUAAUAAUAAUGCUGCUGGUCUCUCAUCAUUGUCCGGUAAUGUUGCUGGUGUCUCAUCAUCGUUUGGUAGCAAUAAUAAUGUUGCUGGCACAUCAUCUUAUGGUAAUAACAAUAAUGUCGCUGGUGUCUUAUCAUCGUCCGGUAAUGUCGCUGGUGUCUCAUCAUCGUCCGGUAAUGUUGCUGGUAUCUCUUCAUCGUUUGGUAGCAACAAUAAUGCUGCUGGUGUCUCCUCAUCAUCUGGUCGCAUCAAGAAUACUGCUGGUAUAUUAUCAUCAUUCGGUAGCAAUAGUAAUGCUGCUGGUGUGGCUGCAUCAUCAAAUAUUAACAAUAGCAGAAAUACUGGUCAAAUAUCAUCAAGUAACAGUUACGUUGCUUCUGGCCGAUUUGAACAAACUGGUAUACCUUAUGGCCUUCAAUCAACUGUCGAAUAUCUUUACUAUUAUCCAGAAAAACUUGAUCUAUCUAAAUGUGGGCCACCACAAACAAAAAAUCCAUGCACAAUAAAUGGUCCACAACUUUAUCCAAUACCUGGUUAUCCACAAUGUUACAUUCAAUGUGCAUUUGGACUCAUGUUUGUUAAACCAUGCCCGGGUGAUCUUGUUUGGAAUGCACUCAUAAAUGUUUGUGAUUGGUCGACAGUUCCCGAUCCAGUUGAUGAUAAUAAUUCUGAUGAUUUGUCUAACAGUAACAACAAUCCUAAGAGUCCAUCAUAUCAUUCAUCUCGACGAGAAAAACGUUCACUUAAUCAACUAAAAAAAAUAGCAAAAGAAAAUAAUCCAUUUCCAAAUUUCAAGAGAUUAAACGUACCCUUAGGCCCACCGGCUCCAGGUUAUACUCCAUUACCAGGUUUCUCAGGUCCAAUCGGAAUUGCAGGUCCUUAUGCCUCACCACCAGCUGCUCCACAAUCUGCUCCUACAAUGAUUUAUCCAUUCGGACCAAUACAGUACCCAACGUUGUCGCACGAUAUGUCACGAUCGAUUUUUUCGCCACCACUCCAACAAACAGUACCUCAACAAGUUUUAUCACCACCACUACCACCACCAAUGCCUCCACCAAUUUAUACACGAUUACCACCACUGAAUAAGCCAAUUGUAUCGCCGCCAGUCAUGCCAAAUUAUUAUUCACCAUACAUGUGGCCAUCAUCACCAAUGAAUUAUCCAAUGGUUCGAUCACCAGUAAUGCCUCAGCCAACGUUUCCACAACAGAUAAUGUAUCCGUCAAUAUAUCCACCAAUAUGGCAACCACCUCAAACACCAAAGCUACCACCAUUCAUACCUCCCAUUCUUCCAUCUCUUCCAAUACCACUUGGUGGACCAUUGCUUCCACCUCUUCCUAUGAAAAUACCAGCUACAUUCAUUCCUGGCCCACCACCUAUUUUCAGUGAUUCAUCAUUUGGACCUUUCGAUCAACCUCAAGUAUCUUCCGAUGGAUCAUCGACUGGCGGACAAUCAGUGUCUGCCAAAGGACCCGAAAUAAUUUUUAGUACAUCAGAAUUGAUGGACAGAUUACAUUAUAACGGCAAUAUUGGUUUUCCUCCUCUGCACGGUGCUCCUGGUGGUUCCUCAUGGGCUACAAACUUGUAUGGUGGCUUUCCUGGACAAUUUCCACCUAUUGGUAUUUAUGGUAAAAUAAAAGGAUCUCAAAGUAGUAAGAAACAGGGCUCUACUAACAAUAACGAUGAUAAUGAUGAAGAUGAGGAUGAAAAACCAAAUUCUUCCAAUGAAGAUGAAGAUGAAGAUGAAGAUGAAGAUAAAGAUGAAGAUGAUUCCAAUACGUCAAAAGCAUCACCGAAUAACAAGAAUGAUAACUCAAAAUCUGAUAAUGACAGUGAUGAGCAAGAUAAUAGUCGUAAAAAACGUCAAGUCGUUUCAGAUGACGAUGAAAAUACAUUACUUUCUGUAGAAAACGACGGUGCCUCACCUUGUAUUGGUAAAUCUAUAAAUGUCAAUGUUCGACAUCCAACAGAUCCAACAAAAUAUAUUUCAUGUUUAAAUGAAAAUAAAUAUGAAAUAAUGAACUGUCCGACAAGUUUUAUUUAUAAUGCAGAUGAUGAUAAAUGUGAAAAAAUCAACAUUAAAUCAAUUUGUGAACAAGAACAACCAUGUAUGAAUAAUGGUGAAUGUCAUUCAACAAGUCCAACAACAUUUACAUGUACAUGCCAGGGACUAUGGACAGGUGAACGUUGUGAAAUACCCGUAUCAUCAUGUGCAUCUAAUCCAUGUGGUGAAGGUAAUCAAUGUCACACAUUAGUAACAAGUGAUUAUAAACAAGAUUAUAUUUGCAUUUGUGACAAACAACAAUCUUAUGGUUUAACUUGUACACAUAAUACUGUACCAAAUCCAUGUAUGGGUGUAUUUAAUAAUCAAGAACGAUUUUAUCCAUUUGCAUUUAAUUCUCGUGCUUUUCUACAAUGUGAUGGUGAUUUACUUCAUGUUCGACCAUGUGCACCUGGUUUACAUUGGAAUCAAGAAACUAAAGUGUGCGAUCGAGUAGAAAGUCCAUCAUUCAUACGUCCAACGAGUGAUUAUCGUUAUCAAGAUUAUUAUCCACGUAUACCAUCAAAUGAUUUAAGAUAUAAUACGUAUCAAGAAACACCAACGACUUAUCCAAUGUUUUCACCAUCAUCCACGAUUAAAGGAAGCCGUCGUUUAAAACAUAAACAACGUUUAAUGUCAAAUAAUAUACAUGCAUCACCAUACGAUCAAGAUUCAACUGUUGCUGAUCAACAAUAUGCUCAAUCAUUCAAUCAAUUACCACCGAAUUCAUUUGUUUCAUCACCACCACAGCGACAUUUAUUUCGUCUCUUUCAAUCACCAUCAUCUUAUCGUCGAUAG